AUGGCGGAAAAUCUAUCUGCAGAAAAUGGUGAUGAUAAUAUUGAAAUAUUUGAUUACAAGAAAGGUGUUAAGCAUCUAAUUGACACUUCACCCCAUCUGAACAAACUCCCGUCUCAGUACAUUUUGCAAUUACCAAAAAGCCCCUUGUCCGCCCCCCUCGCCCACGUUCCCGUAAUCGAUCUGCAUGGGCUGAAUAACGGAUCACAUUCCGAAAGUCGAGUUUCCGCCGUCAAAGCCAUCAGCUCCGCCUGCGAAACCUGGGGUUUCUUUCGGAUUGUUAAUCAUGGGAUUAAAAUGAGUGUGAUGGAUGAAAUGGUGAAAGUGGCUGAAGAAUUCUUUGAACUGAGUUGGGAUGAGAAAAUGAAAUACGGGUCAGAAGAUGUGAUGAGUCCAGUUAGAUAUGGAACGAGUUUGAAUACUUCCAAAAAACACAGUCUUCAUUGGAGAGAUUAUUUCAGACACUAUGGUCAUCAGAAUACCUUACACCUCUGGCCGCUUAAUCCCCCUAAUUACAGAAAUGUGGCAAAGGAAUAUUUGGAGGAGAUAUGGGAAUUGGCAAUGAAAAUAGGAGGUGCAAUUUCAGAAGGUUUAGGGCUUGACCAAAACUACUUGGAAGAAUCAUUUGGUGAGGGGUUACAAAUUCUUGCAGCAAAUUAUUACCCAAAAUGCCCUCAGCCAGAAAAGACAUUGGGAUUGGCUGCUCACUCAGAUCAUGGUGCACUCACUAUUUUGAUGCAAAAUGGUGUCAAUGGUUUGCAAAUCAAACACAAUCAAGAUUGGGUUUCUGUUCAUCACGUGCCUGGCACGUUCCUUGUCAAUGUUGGAGAUUGUUUGGAGAUACUAAGCAACGGAAAGUACAAGAGUGUCGAGCACCGAGCAACGGUGAACGCCCAACGGACAAGAAUUUCGAUAGCUGUUGGACACGGGCCAGCAUUAUCGAGCACUAUCGGGCCGGCAAGUCAACUCGUUGACCAAAAAGAUUCGGUCCGCUAUCGGUCCAUUACGUACAAGGACUAUAUAGAGCUCCAGCAGAGUAGCACUAUUCGGGGUAAAAGCGCACUUCAGGCCGUUACUACCAAAUAAGGACUAUAUUUGGUGACUUAUUUUCUUUCUUUCUUUGUUUUUCUUUUUUUCUUACUUAAAUGUUUUUCGAAUAAAUAAUAAUGUUUACAUGAAUAAAGAGACUAUUGCGAAUAAUGU